UACAAAGGAAUUCUGUGUGGUUUAUUGAACAAAUUGCUAAACUAAAAAACAGCAAAAUGGCUUUGAAAAUGUUGGUUGGACAAAAAAUUAUGAACGAGGUGGUCAAAUAUAAACCGCCACCUCCCAAGAAAGGAGCCACUGCUGCUAGUGCUGCAGCUUCUAAGGCUAACAUGGAUUGGCGUGUGCUGGUUGUUGAUAAGUUGGGCAUGCGCAUGGUAUCGGCCUGUACCAAAAUGCAUGAAAUCAGUGCUGAAGGCAUUACAUUGGUGGAAGAUAUUAACAAGAAACGUGAACCUUUACCCUCAAUGGAUGCCAUUUAUUUGAUAACACCAUCACAAGAUUCUGUGGCUGGUUUGAUACGUGAUUUUGAGAAUCCAGCUCGUCCCAUGUAUCGUUAUGCCCAUGUGUUCUUCACUGAGGCCGUUCCUGACGAUAUAUUCGAAAUGAUAAAAGCUGAAAAACAAUUAGUCAGCCGUAUAGCUUGUUUCAAAGAAAUCAAUAUUGCUUUUCUAGCAUAUGAGAGCCAGGUCUACUCGCUCGAUUCGCCAGACAGUUUUCAGUGUUUGUACUCACCGGCAUUCGCCUCGAUACGCGCCAAACACCUCGAGCGCAUUGCCGAGCAAAUAGCCACCCUGUGCGCUACGCUCGGCGAGUAUCCGAUGGUGCGAUAUCGCACUGAUUGGGAUCGCAACAUCGACCUAGCUGCAGUCGUUCAGCAAAAACUGGAUGCGUACAAGGCUGAUGAGCCAACGAUGGGCGAGGGUUCGGAGAAAGCACGUUCACAAUUGUUAAUUUUGGAUCGUGGUUUUGAUUGCGUAUCGCCCUUGUUGCACGAAUUGACUCUACAAGCCAUGGCCUACGAUCUAUUGCCGAUACAGAACGAUGUCUAUCGUUUUACGCCCGGACCCAAUCAACCGGAAAAGGAAGUGUUGCUGGAUGAGAACGAUGAUUUGUGGGUUGAAUUGCGUCAUCAACAUAUCGCCGUCGUUUCCACCCAGGUCACGCAGAAUCUAAAGAAAUUCACCGAUUCCAAGCGAAUGUCUUCUACUGAUAAGGCUUCGAUGCGUGAUUUAUCACAAAUGAUCAAGAAAAUGCCACAGUAUCAAAAGGAAUUGUCCAAAUAUUCCACUCAUUUGCACUUGGCCGAGGAUUGCAUGAAGUCCUAUCAGAACUAUGUUGAUAAGCUGUGCCGUGUCGAACAGGAUUUGGCCAUGGGCACUGAUGCUGAGGGUGAAAAAAUCAAAGAUCAUAUGCGUAAUAUUGUACCCAUUCUUUUGGAUGCUAAUGUCUCCAAUUAUGAUAAGGUACGCAUUAUUGCUUUGUAUGUCAUGAUCAAGAAUGGCAUUACUGAGGAAAAUCUCACCAAAUUAUUUACGCAUGCCCAAUUGUCGCCCAAAGAUCAAGAUAUGGUGCGCAAUUUAAGUCAUUUGGGUGUCAAUGUUAUUGCCGAUUCACGCAAAAAAGUUUACACAGUUCCACGCAAGGAACGCAUUACUGAACACACCUAUCAAAUGUCUCGUUGGACACCAGUUGUCAAGGAUAUCAUGGAGGAUUGCAUUGAGGAUAAAUUGGAUCAACGUCAUUUUGCCUUCCUCACUGGCAGGGCCCAAAAUCCCAAUUAUCAUGCUCCAACAAGUGUCCGCUACGGUCAUUGGCAUAAGGAUAAAACACAGGCCCAGGUGAAAAAUGUUCCACGUCUAAUUGUCUUCAUUGUUGGCGGUGUGUGCAUGUCCGAAAUGCGCAGUGCUUACGAAGUAACCAAUGCCGUUAAAAAUUGGGAAGUUGUUAUUGGUUCUUCCCACAUACUGACACCCGAGACUUUCUUAAGCGAUUUGGGUUCUCUCACCAAGGAGGACUAAAUUCGCCACUACAAUGCAG